ACAGAGACAGAAUAAAUAAAAUAGAGGGAGAAAUAGAGAAAAAAUAAAGAGGGGGAGGGGAGUAGCACAAGCAAAUAUUUAAUUAUGGAGAGAGAGAGAGAGAGACAUCAAACAUCAUAAAUCUGUAACUUAAUUUCGGAUUUGAUAUGAAUAGCAAAAAAAAAACUCUGGCUUGAGAGAAUUUAAACGGGAGGUGAACUUUGGAAGGAGCAUGCUGCCAGUGUCCAACAGCCUCCUAGUGUCUGUCACAGUCCUGCUGUAGCUUCCUCCUACCAUGCUACUAUCUCUGGAUUGUCUGGACCUGAAGAUCUGCCUGCUUGUGAUCUUUCUGUUCCUACUGCUGGUGGACUUCCUGAAGCAUAGAAACCCACCUGAGUUCCCUCCGGGACCUUGGCCUCUACCUUUCCUGGGAAAUAUCUUCAUUGGGUUUGGCUACCAGGACAUGGACAAGGUUGCUGAACAGUUCGGCAAUAUUUUCAGCCUUCGGUGGGGUGCGGAGAAGGUGGUGUUUGUGUCUGGGUACAAGAUGGUGAAGGAUGUUUUGAUGACUCAGGGAGAUAGCUUUUUAGACCGACCUGCAUCUCCUCUCUUUAGUGAUGUUUUCAAAGACUGUGGAAUCUCUGUAAGUAAUGGAUACAGAUGGAGGAGGCAACGGCAGUUCUCGGUGGCCCACCUAAAACACGUUGUUGAGGGGAAGAGAACCCUGGAGCUUCAUGUGCAGCAGGAGUGUAACUUCCUGUGUCAGGCCUUCCAACAGGAAAUGGGAGGGACAUUCAACCCCCAACUCAUAAUUAACAGUGCUGCUGCAAACGGCGUUGGAUUCUUGGUGUUUGGAAAGCGAUUUGACUACAACGCUACAGACUUCCAGAACCGUCUGCGACUGAGCCAGGAGUCCAUGCUAUUGACAGGCAACCCUCUGGUUCAGCUGUAUGAUGUAUUUCCAUGGCUGUUCAAGCGUUUGCCUGGGCUGCGUUCUGGUCCCCAUGUGACAAUUCUUUCCAACUAUGCAAAGAUUGUGUCAUUCUUGAGAAAAGAAAUAGAGAAACAUAAGAAGGACUGGGAUCCCUUUGAUCACCGGGACUACAUUGACUCCUACAUCGGAGAAAUAGACAAGCGGAAGAGGGACACCGAGGCUGGGUUCCACUCAGAGAACUUGGUGUACUGCAGUCUGGACUUGUUUGUGGCUGGAACAGAGACCAUGACCAACACUUUACAUUGGGCUCUGCUCUACAUGGUGAAGUACCCUGAUGUUCAGGAGAAUGUCCAGGAGGAGAUCAAAAGUGUGAUUGGCCAGUCUCGCCAGCCCUGCCUUGCUGAUAGGGUGAGCAUGCCCUACACAGACGCUGUGAUCCACGAGACACAGAGAAUGGCCAACAUACUGCCUCUCAAUAUCAGGAUGUCAAGCAAAGAUGCUACCAUGGGGGGAUAUUUCAUACCCAAGGGCACUAAAGUGAUAGUCAACCUCUCCUCAGUGUUACGUGACCAGACAGAAUGGGAGACAGCAGACCACUUCAACCCACAACAUUUCCUAGAUGUGCAUGGUCACUUCCGGAAAAGGGAGGCUUUUUUCCCAUUUUCUGCAGGAAAGAGGGCUUGUCUGGGGCAGUCGCUGGCCCGCAUGGAGCUCUUCCUCUUUUUCACCUCCCUCCUCCAGAGGUUCACCAUCUCUACAUCCCCUGGAGAGGAACCACCAAGCCUGGUGCCCCAGGGAGUGGCCAUCCAGUCGCCUAAACCCUUCACUAUCUGUGCCUCCACAUGGUGAUGGUUCACCACCAUUAUAGUUCCGUUUUGGAGAAGAGGAAUACAUUUUAUUGUCCAUUUUCCUACAGUCCAUAUGGAAAUCUGUCUUUUUGCUUUUAACCCUACCCCCUCCCAAGUCAAACACACCCUCGAGGGGUUGGAAGCACAGUGUCAGCCAUGGUGCAGCGCCACUGGAGAAGAUUCAGGUCAACGGCACAAAGGCAGAUUGUAUGAUAGGAGACACUGUCUGCAUGCUUAACAUAAUGCAUACACAGUAUGAUAUUUACAGUGUCCCCCCUUUCGUAAAGGUCCAAUGCAGCCAUUUUUAUCUUAAUAUCAAAUCAUUUCUGGCUAACAAUUAAGUACCUUACUGUGAUUGUUUUCAAUUAAAAUGGUCAAAAAUAAACAAAAAUAGCUCCUUAGCAAAUA